CGAGGUCGGCUUUUCAUCAGCACAUCCCUCUGGACAUACCUGUGCACUGCCUUUGAUUGUUAAUAUGGGCAAUAUCGAAGAACGAUGCGCUUCAAUACGCGCACAGAUCGCAGAGACUGAGGCCAAACUCGCCCGAUUGAAGCUGGACCUUGCGAACGUAGAACAGGCCGCAGCAGCAAGUACAACACAGGAUGCGGUCUCAGGUAUGCAAGGAAAGAAUAAAUCGAAUUGGCCUCUUUUAGAUGAGGAAUAUAAACGGUAUGGGAGGCAAAUGAUUGUCAAAAACGUUGGGUUGCAAGGUCAACUUAAGCUUAAAUCUGCAAAGGUCUUGAUCGUCGGUGCAGGUGGAUUGGGCUGUCCCUCUGCGAUGUAUCUUGCUAGUGCUGGGGUGGGGACUCUCGGACUGGUCGAUGGUGAUACGGUCGACCUGUCCAACCUUCAUCGGCAGGUUUUGCAUCACAGCGGUAAUGUGGGAAUGUUGAAGGUGGAUAGUGCCAUUGACUAUUUGAAGAAGUUGAAUCCGCAUCUCACGUAUAUUCCUCAUAGAGGGCAUCUGACUCCCCAAGAAGCGCCGGAUAUCUUCAAAAAUUACGAUCUCAUCCUCGAUUGCACAGAUAACCCAGCUACUCGGUAUUUGGUCUCGGAUACAGCAGUCGCUCUGGGAAAGCCGCUCGUCUCUGCGUCGGCACUGCGUACGGAUGGUCAGCUUAUGGUUCUGAACUAUCCACCACGGCCUGCAGGAGACAAAACAGGUGGUCCCUGUUAUCGAUGUGUUUUCCCCAAACCCCCACCGGCAGACAGUGUUGUCAGCUGUGCGGACGGGGGUAUUUUAGGACCAGUCGUGGGUACUAUGGGUGUUGUGCAGGCAUUAGAGGCGAUUAAAAUCAUCACGGCCCCGGCCGGAGAAGCAGAAACCAACGGUGUCCCUGGAAACCCCACAACUUCUCCCUCACUUCUUAUUUUCUCUGCGUAUUCCACGCCUCCAUUUCGAUCAAUCCGUCUGCGCUCUCGCCGACCAAAUUGCGCAGUCUGCUCUGCCGAAGCCAGUGUCACGCUCGACACUAUAACUUCUGGAUCAACGGAUUAUGUUUUCUUUUGUGGCACCGCGAACCCACCAUCACUGCUCUCGCCCGAAGAGCGAAUAUCAGCAGCCGAAUACGGCCGGAUAGUCCAGCAAUCACUGCCAUCGCGAGUACAGAGCGAGACCCUCUCAAAAACAAAGCCGCCGAUGACAAUCGAUGUUCGGGAGAAAGUGCAAUUUGAUAUUUGCCAUCUCGACAACAGUAUCAACAUCCCAAUCUCCGAGAUCCUCGCGUCGAGGCCACAGCUACAGCCCACUGAGAAGGACGACCAAGCUCUUAGCAACGGCACAGGAGCAGGAUCGCAGUCACCACUACCUCCUUGGUUUCCAGCAGAUAUCGUCUCCACAGACUCCACAGAUCCCAUAUACGUGGUGUGCCGUCUUGGAAAUGACUCACAGAUAGCCGUCAAGAAGUUCAAAGAGUUAGGACUAGACCGUGGCGGAGAAAGAUUCAUUUGUGACAUCCGCGGUGGAUUGCGGGCGUGGCGAAACGAAGUUGACCCCACAUGGCCAGAAUAUUAGAUGAAAGAAAUACAUGUUGAAAGAUCUGAUAUCAAUAAUAGGAAAAAGUACGGGAGUCUAUGUAGAGUUUCUAAUGCUCCUUAUUCAACAUUGCCGAUAUAUACAUGGACAGGGUAUCUUCAAAUCAAACCAGAGACCAAGACAA